AAUUCCUUUGUAAAAUACACCUCUAGGUAAUAAUUCCCUGAGACUGGCCCAGGGUGAUAAUUCCUUUGUUAAAUUCAGCUUUAGGUAAUAAUUCCCUGAGACUGGCCCAGGGUAAUAAUUCCUUUGCUAAGCACACCUUUAGGUGAUAAUUCUCUGGGUCAUACCCAGGGUGAUAAUUCCUUUGUUUGGGACUGACCCAGGGUAAUAAUUCCUUCUAGGUAAUAAUUCCCUGGGUCAUACCGGGGGUGAUAAUUCCUUUGUCAAGUACACCAUUAGGUAAUGAUUCCCUUGGUGAUAAUACCUUUGUUAAAUACACCUCCAGGUAAUAAUUCCCUGGGACUGACCCAGGGUAAUAAUUCCUUUGUUUGGGGCACAUUUGAUUUAGGUGAUAAUUUCUUAGUUCCAUCUAGGGUAAUAAUUCCUUUGCUAAGGACCACUGAGGUAUCAAUUCCCUGAGACUCACCCAGGAUGAUACCCUUUAGGUGAUGGACCCAUUUAGGGUAAUCAUACCUAUGUCCCUGACCCAAGGUGCUAUAUACACCUCUAGGUAAUAAUCCCCUGGACCAAUCCAGGGUAAUAAUUCCUUUGUUGAAGACCACUUGGGUAAUACUGGUAGGUUGUAUUUUCUUUGAGAACCAGAGGUGAUAAUUCCUUUAUCAAAAUAAGCUUUCUAUGUAUUUCCACCGUAGGUAAUAAUCCUGUGGUUGGUAAUUAUCAUUUCUGGGUGAUAUUAUUCCUUUGAUAAGGACUCGUAGAUGAUUCCUUUGACAAAGAUCCAGAGGUAAUAAUUCCUUUGAUAAUGACUCAGGGGUAAUAAUUCCUUUAAUAUGAACCCAGAGAUGAUAAUGCAUUUGAUAAGGACCAAUAGGUAAUAAUUCCUUUGAAAACCCAGAGGUGAUAAUGCCUUUGAUAAGAACUCAGAGGUAAUAAUUCCUUUCAUAAUGACUUAUAGGUAAUAAUUCCUUUCAUAAUGGCCAAUAGGUAAUAAAUAAUUCCUUUGCAGACCCAGAGGUGAUAAUGCUUUGAUAAGGGUCCAUCUUCCUUUUGUAAGAACACAGGUGAUAAUUCCUUUAUCUAGGUAAUAAUUCCAUUGUUCUGAAUAUAAUCCAAAUUGGAAGGUGAUAAUUCCUUGGUUGGGACAGAGGGUUUUUACCUCUGCACCCAUGUAACAGUUCUUACUGCAGAUUUCAUAUUCCUGUGUCAUACCAGAUAUUUAAAUCUUAGUUGAAAUAGAAAUUUAAAGUCCACCAAGGCAUAUGAUACUUUCUUCAUCAUAUCUGCUGUUUGUUCUAGCACUAAAAGAUUUCUUGUGUUACCAUAUUUGUCUGUUACAUGUGCAUAUAAGUUAUGUUUUUUAAUAUUUGUAUGACUUUAUGUUGUGGACAAACAAUACCCUGUGCAUUAAUGUUCAUAUAUUUAAACCACUCUUUUCCAAGAUUUUCUGUGUAACAACAUUUCUUUUUUUAUACUCACAUGGACGUACAACCUGAGACUUCUUUUAAACAUAAAUGAAGACAUUUUUUUUAAUCAGGACAAUAUCCAGUUGAUAGUAUCAUACUCAUAAUGUGUGUAAUCGGCAGCACAUUUAAAGAUAAAUGCAUUUUCAGGUUGAUUAAAGAAUCUUUCCCCUCCAAAGGUAUUACUGUCUUCACUAUCACUACAAAGAAGUAAUUUUCUGCAUUCUAUGAAUUUCUGUUGUUGGCCACUUAACUUAUCCUCUUUCUUUGCCAUGCGAACAAAUUUCGGUAGCUGUUGAUUUUAAAGUUACUAUGAUUUUGGCUGAUCCCCCAACAUAUAUAUGAAUCAGUCAUGUAAAUAAGUCUAGCCCUGCCCUAGGGAGAAAGCUGACACCGGAGCGAAGCGUCAUAACGUUACACUAUUGCAAUAUUUAUGAGUGCAUUCUGCAUUCAUAAGGCGGCAAAAACUCAUGGUUACGGACUUGGAAUUGCCAUUCUGAAAUGUCAGUCGGCUUUUUGAGCUACGAAGAAUGUUUGUGAAAUUAAUCCAAUCAAACUUUAAUGCACAACAAUUGUAACCGGUAAAAUGUAUGGAAAGUUCUUCAGAGGUACUACAUAUCAAACUGGUAUCUACUAUAACGUCUACUUAGCUACAGUAAUGCUUACGAAUUCUAUGUAUCAAGACUAACAGUACACUAUUUCAUAUAGCCUAUAUAGGUGAUGCAACAAUGUACAUGGAACAUGGCUUGCAUGAUAAUGCACAGGUGGUCUAUAUCUCUACAGACAUGACACUACGCUAUUAUGAGUAAUUAAUCAAAACGAAGGAAAUAUGACCUUUUAGUCCUAUGAGACAUGUCGAAGGUCGUUUGAAAAUACUCAGGUCAGCUUUCAUUUCCAGCAUGGGAUAUUUCUAAGAAGGGCUAUUUUGUGACAUCUUAUUUUUCGAUUCCUCUUUGAAAAAAAAGCUCUUUGCGGUCUCUGCCUAAAUCGAUGUUACUAAAUCAUAUUGAUUUAAACAUGUGUUAAACUUAAAAGCUCCAUUGACUAAAACCGGCUCCAAAGGAGUUCAAAUUAUUAGAAAGGGAAAGUUAUUAAUCCAACGCACAAUGUACGUACACAAAUUAUGUAGUCUACGGCUGUCCUCAGGCGAUCCGCCGCGCUCGGCAGACUGUUGUCUUUCAAACCAUAGGUUAAUCGCAAGGGCGCAGUCGUAACUCGUAAAUGCCAGUAAUUCAUUGAUUGGUUGGUAUGUUGGAUAGUUAAUAAUCAUGGAGCCGUGAAAAAUGAAGUUGUUCAUUUGACAACCAAUGACAAUGAAGAACUGUUCCUUAAAGAAGGAAAGUUCUGCCUAAAUAGACUAUUUCUUGUCACACAUCGCUGAAUAUGUUACAAUGGGACAGAAACUAUCCAGUGCUUUUGAAGGACACAUGAUCUUUGCGUGUUAGAUGUCACCGCUCACAUCGUGCACUCAUGACCCGUCCUCUGUUCAUCUUUGUGACCUGUGUGACUCUCAGUCGCUCACUGCUGGUCGUCUUACCGGUUCUACUUAAUGUGCCACCCCGGGGCUCCCGUUUAUAGGACGUUUAGAUGAGACAAGAUAUAAGGUUGUUUUUCUGUGGUGUGAGUUAUCAAGCGCCAUGUUAGAUUAACGAUGAGCUACACCAGCAAUUAUCACAAACCCGGGCUGGCGUCGACGCUGGGCAGUUUCUUCAGCUUCGGCCAGUCAGGGUCGCGGUCACAGUCGCUGUCGUCCCGAUGGGCCGGGUCCAGCUUCGUCCGGUCCUCCCAGGAAAGGAGAAGCUUCUCGGGGUCGACUCGUGCUUCUUCCCGGGCGUCCUACUCCGCGCAGACGGGCUACACGUCCCCGACCAGCCCGCCGCCAGUCAGCCGGGCGUACGGAGCCGACACGGGCCGGACCCGCCUGCUGGUGAGAACCUCCAGCCGCCCCCUCUCUCCGCCGCUCCAGCGGGGAGUACUCGUCCUCCCACCGGCAGGAGAAACCGCUGGCGUUCGUCCAGAUCGAAACCAGUGGCCAUGCGGCUGACGGGGGGCUGGAAAAAGUGGACAUGGACGAGGUUUUCGGGAACAAGAUCCCCCUAUCACCGCCUACCCUCUCCCCCGUUCUUCUGUCGCCUAAAGCCGAAACUCGGCACUCUGUCAGAGCUAACGUUAGCAGCACAGUUGUAUCUCAGGUGUCGUCUGACGUCCUGUCCCCCCGUGCCUUGUCCCCGGUGUCACCUCGAGCCCUGUCCCCGGUGUCCCCCCGUGCCCUGUCCCCGGUUUCCUCCCGUGCCCUCUCCCCGGUGCCAUCCGGAUCCCGUGCCCUGUCCCCAGUGUCGUCCCGCGCUCUCUCCCCGGUACAGUCCAACCUGACGUCCGUCAGCGCCAGUGAAGUUCAGGUGGACGUCGAUGCUUAUAUUCGACGCACAGAGCAGUUGGAAAGAGACUUGGACCUGUUCAAAAACAGGUAUGAAAAAGAGGCCAGCAUCAGGAAAGACCUAGAGAACCAUCUUUCAGAGGCUAGAGAGGAGAUCACCGCGCUGUCCGGGAUUAACCGCCGGCUGAAGGGCGAUAACGAGGCUCUGAGGAAGCGGUGUCACACCGACGAAAUCCACUGCAGCUCCGGCCUCAUGGACAUGCGCAGUCACUACGAGAAGGUCGUCAGGAACACCAAAAAGGACCUGGAGGCGUACUACAUGGAGAGGAUCAGACGUGUUACGGACGAAGCCAAGCGGCACGCGGUAGAGCUGGGGAGGGUCACGGCCGACUGGAGGGAGCUGUCCGAGCAAAUCAGGAGUCUGCAGAAGGAAAACGACCGACUACGGAGAAUGGCUGGAUUCAAAGAGCCCUCGGGAUCUUCCUCAUCAUCAACAACAACAACAACCAAGACAACAAAGUCUCCCACUAAAACCGUCACCUUCAGCAAUGGUCCUCUUGAGUCCAAAUCAAGCACAAGGGCGACCAAGGUCACGCUGAAAUACGUCGAUGCUCCCUCGACGUCUUCAAGUUCUGACGCUGAGGACGAACCUCAGAUGGCGUCAGUACGUGCUAAGGGCAAGAUUAGCUCUAACGUGAAAAUCUCUAAAACUAGUGAUGUGUAA